GGUGAGGUUUGGAACCAUAAAUUCGGUUGUGCACUGAUCACCAUGGUUGACCUUCGUAGUGGGAAGAGUACUAGCCCUUACACCCCUGAGCAGCAAGAACAAAUGGCCGCCUUAGUAAGACAGAACAAGGAGAGGAAAGAGCUUGUAAAGCAGGCUAAGUUAAAGACGAUUGCAGAGGAGCAGGCGGUGAAGAUGAAGAGAUUGGAGGAGGAGAUGAAGAGAGUUCAACAGGAGGAGGAAGAGAGGAGAAAGGUUGUUGAAGAAGCAGCAGCAGCAGAAGAAGAGAAAGAGAGAAUGUGUAUUGAAAGUAGAGAAGGGAGUAGUGGCACGGAGAAGGACGAGGACGCAGAGAUGGAGAAAAAGAUCAGCGGGUGGAUUGCUAAUUUAUCGCUGGGGGAGGAUGAGGAGGCAGAGUUCUAUGUGUCUCAGGAUGAAAGGGAUGUGUUAGCCCAGGAGCUAGCAGCAAUGGAUGACCCCCUGGAAAGACAAGAAAGAGAGGAGGAGAAAAAGUUGGAGUGGAAGUUGAGAAUGAAACGGGAGAAGAAGAGGAGGGAUGAAGUCAACAGAUUGACCGCAGAGGUGGCAAAAAUGAAAGAUUGUAGGCAGGAGGUGGAGACUCAGGCAGACGACAAGGCCAAAUGGGAUAAGGUGUUGGGAUACCUGGAAGUGUUGAGCGCAGCCUGGAUGGAGGAGCGCCAGGCCAAUAGGAGCCAAGAGGUAGCACUGAGUGCCAUGCGGUCCGGGUUUAGAGAAUUCGCGCGCGAGUUGGUCACCCACGUUGGAGGAGAAGUGAGGAGAUUAAGAGACAACGUGGGGAAGUUCUGUGAGGGUGCCAUUGAGGGCGCCAAAGUAGCAGCCGCUGUUGAGGGCGAGGCCAGACCUCGCAAGGAGCCAGUCAAACUCAAGUUUCCCGAUGCCUAUGGUUGGAAAUCUGACGAGAACUUCGACAACUGGGAGGCUAGUGUAAACAGCUACAUUUACUUACAGCACGUCGUACAGGAUGAUCAGGUCCUCGUAGUCUUCCACGCCCUCAAGGAUAAAGCGGCCAAUUUUGCUAGAUCCCUCGCGCGCGCGGCCGGUUGUGAAAACAACAUGGUCGCCGAUUCCAAGGUCACCCCCCUCCCUCAAUUCUUCGAGCACCUUAGAGAGCGAUUCGCUGAUCUUCGCAGAGGCGUCAGAGCCUCUAACAAGCUCCAAACGAUCCACUCACGGCAGUGGAGGAGGGCCAAGGCACUCAAGGGCGUCAUGGACGACUUGGUAGCCGUCCUAGAUCAUGGGGUCAUUGAGCCCCAAUUGGUCCAAUUAUUUUAUCGUGCCAUGCCAGAACCCCUGCGUGGGCACUUCUUUGACAAAUCCCAACAGCCCACCAUGACGUACGAUGCGCUCAGCAGGGAGGUGGUGUUGUUUGAGGCUAAGUCCAUACCAGUUUCCACUUUCUGGCAUAAGGAGUUAGAAAAGGGCAAAAGGUGGAAAGGUCGUACCAUCUCUGGCCAAGUCAGGGCCAAGGAUCACGUGAUCCUUACCUUAGAGGAGGGUGGUACAUAUGAGGUCCCAUAUAGUCAGAUCGAGUGGGGCCUUGAGGAGGAGGACAGUAGCGUGGGACAAGGGAGGUCCUAUGCUGCUGUCGCGACUGGAGGGAGGCCGCAAGGUAGAGGAGGGGGCCAUGGCCAGAGGGGCCAGGCCAUGGGAGGCUGAGGACCGGGCGCACAGGGGGUUGGCAGACAAGGGAACCGCCAAGUGGGAGGUAGGGGUCAAGGUCCCCCGC